AUGACCUCCCAAGGGGAACAGAGUCCAUCCUUGGUCACCACUGCCCUUUUGGUCGUCGCUAUUAUAUUCCCCAUUUUGGGCACACUUGCCAUUCUCUUACGGGUCUGGUCCAAUAUUUCCAAGGCUAAGCGCCUAUUCCUGGAUGACUAUGUAAUUAUUUUGGCGCAGAUUUGUGCUUGGGGAAUUUCCAUCGAUAUCUUCGUGGCCGCGGCGCUUGGCGGGGUCAAUUAUACCAAGGGCACAGUUCUGUCGGCCACUAUCGUCUUCCUUCGGUCGUUAUGGAUCGAAGGCUUUGUUCUGAUCGCUAGUUUGGUCUUGGUGAAAGUUUCCAUCCUCCUCUUCUAUCGAAGGAUCUUUGUCACACCUUGGUUUCAAACCGCCGUGCGGAUCUAUAUUGCGAUCUUGCUCUCAUGGGGGUUCGCUAUGAUCAUCGCUCAACUCCUCUGCGCAGAUCCCAUCACCGCAGCCUGGGAUCCAUUUGCCAAAAAUCCCCUCCGCUACAACUACAACGCAUUCUCUGUAGCAUUUGCCGCCAUGAGCCUAGUCUUCGACGUUCUCGUACUUUGCUUUCCCAUUCCAGUCAUCCAUCACCUCAUGAUGUCCACCCGCAAAAAGAUCCAAGUAUUAGGUAUCUUUUGGCUAGGAAUCUUCUGCUGUAUCUCAUCCACUAUCCGCCUUUACUACAUCUACAUCGACAUCGCCCAAUCCACAGCGACCACCGGCACUAACCGCUACUCUCUUGUCACCACUGCUUUUACAUGGGGCACGAUUGAGCCCAAUGUCAGCGUCAUCGCCGCCUGCCUGCCCACAUACGGCCACUUCUUCGGCGGGAACGAGCGCGUCCAAAGCGUCGCCCGAAACAUCUGGAGCCGUCUUUCCAUGCGCAGUGGCGGCUCCGGAAAAGGCAGCACACCGUCCAGUGACGGACCCGCCACGAUCGAAAGCAAUGCCAACUCGUCGUUCUCUCCCAAGCGAUCUAACACCCGGCGCGAUUGGCAACGGCUGGGAAUAGACACAACUGCAAGUGGCGAUAUAGAGAUGGGGCAACAUACAUACGAAGAAGAGUAUCCCCUAGCCAAGUCCCCGCAACAAAGUGGGCAGCAGAUGAAGAUCCACGUCGCAAGCUUCGUGUCACAGGAGAUCUCGGCCAUGCCCGAGCAGGAGCAAGCGGAGCGGGGCUCAUCGCACCAUGUGAAUAGAUUCUAG